GCCACAAAAUAGGGAAAAUAAGGUGGAAACGAGCGGUGCCGGCGCUUUGAGAAAAUAUGAAUUUGGCUUUAGAGUGCACGAUCAUUUGCAACUUGGUCGUGUUUUUGUUUGGAUUCACUCUACUUUGCUACGGAUUUUUUCCAUUAUCAUAUUCAACCAGCACCAAGUCCAGCAUCGGGGAUUUUCCGCGAACUGAAAAUGCUAGUUUUAAUCGCCAGCCAUACACCACACGAGCAGUUUUGGUAGUAAUUGAUGCCCUACGUAUGGACUUCAUAUCAAAAAAGGAUAACAUGAAAUUUACCAACCAACUUAUUCUCGAAGAAAAGGCCUGUUUGUAUCGGCUUCAAGCGCAUCCACCGACAGUAACUAUGCCUAGGAUAAAAGCACUGACCUCCGGAGCAUUACCUAGUUUCGUAGAUGUAGUACUUAACCUUGGAUGUUCUGAAAUGACACUGGAUACCUUUUUAUAUCAAAUGAGGCAGCAACAGCAGCGAAUAGUUUUCUACGGAGAUAAUACAUGGACUCAUAUGUUUCCCGAUAUGUUUGAGCGAAAAGGAGCAAACGAAGAUUCUUUUUUCGUAAAUGAUUUCUACGAGGGUGACCAAAAUAUAACAGCAAACGUGCAAUCAGAACUAAAAACGUAUGAUUGGAAUCUAAUGAUUUUACACUAUCUUGGAUUGGACCACGUGGGUCAUGUAGAAGGCCCUUUUAGUAAUAAAAUGCCAGGAAAGCUACGUGAGAUGGACAGCGUAAUAGAGAUAAUCUAUAAAGCGUUGUUCGAAUCGUACUCAAAUGCUACAAAACCAGUAGUAAUAAUAACUAGUGACCAUGGAAUGAGAGACUCGGGAGGACACGGUGGCUCUUCAACGUCUGAAACAAAUGUACCCUUGCUCAUCAUUAAUGGAGACUGCUCCGAAAGCAACGAGACAUUCCUACAAAUAGACUUUGCUCCGACGGUUUCAACAUUAAUGGGUGUUGCUAUUCCAAAUGCAUCUAUUGGCUCUAUUAUACAACCUAUGCUGAGUGGGAUGAAAAAAGAAGAAUUACUAUAUGCCAUGUUUUACAAUACCCAAAGACUUGUUUCCAAAGCAAAGUCGUUUCUAGAAAGUGGAAAUCAAUUUUUCAGCAAUGAAAUAUACCAGCAGUAUGAAGAAGCUAAGAAUGUACAUCGCGAAUGGAUGAAACAACAAUAUUUAAAUGAAACUUCUUUUCAUCGUGCUACUGUGCUUUACCAAUUAGUUUCAAAACGACUCUCAAGAUUACUUAUUGCUAAUCACAAACAGCAUAAUUUUUUAUGUAUUGCUAUUGGCGUAUUCAUAAUGAUUUCCUGUGCUGUUGUUGCAAUCAUGCAAGUAAUAAUAGUGCAAAUGACCAGAACUGAACCAAAUGUAUCGAUACGGUUUAUUCCUUUUUUGAAUCACAUAUUCAUGUUGUAUUGCGGCUUGAGACUGCUUAGCUACUUCAAUGGGCAUUUAACGAUUGGAUUGUUUGAUGUUAUUCUGCUUAUUACAGUGUUUAUUUUUAUAACCAAUUUUCAAAUAUUGAAAUCCACCUUUAAUAUUAUAAAUAACACGCAAAAGAAACUGUCUUUUAAGAAUAAUACUAUUUUCCAAUUAAUGUUUGUCGGUUUUUUAUUUCACUGUGUCUCUUUUGCCAGCAGCUCCUACAUAGAAGAGGAACAUCAAACUUGGUACUACUUUACUAACACAGCAAUAGUAGCAAUAGCUUUGACUAGAAUUAUAAACAUGAAUUCUACUAUUGCUUUUCUAAAUUUAAGAAACUAUGAACAUUAUUACUUAACAAUGGCAUGUAAAGAGCGAAGGUUGUAUUGCGUGUAUUCUGUAGUCAUUCUUUUCAUGCAUUCAUUUAUACGCCGAAUCAAUCAAACGGGCGACAAAUGGCAGCAAAUUUCGGAUAUAAGCGACUGGUUAAUGACUGAAGAACAUAGAUUGUUUUUGAGUUUAGUUACGAUACUCGGGUUAUUCGGCAUUGUUUUCCAAGUAAGCCUGCUUGGAGGCUUAUACACUAAUAUACUUUGUGUGAUUACGGCUUUAUUUAUUUACUGUUACCACUCUAUUUCCGGCGAGUUAUUCGGUUCCGAAAUCGUUUGUGGUACCAUUUUAAACUUUAUUCCUUUCAGUUCCAGAUUCUCGCCCUUGCUUACAUUAAUUUGUUUAAAAUUAACUAUAAUUUUUUUUGUAGGGCUUAUAACUUCAAUCUACCAUAGUUUCAUUAGAAACAAUAAAUGGGAUUCUUGUUGGUCAAAUAAUAAGUUUUAUAACGAAUGCGUAAAGAUAAGUGUUCUUGUAAUAGCACUCUUACAAAAACCAUAUAACGUUGUGCUAACAGCUGCACUCUUAUUUUCAAGUGAUUUUUUAAAGAAAAGCAUUGAUUCCAUUACAAAACCAGGUUACACCAAUUUAAUGCUCAACACAGUCAUGCACUAUUGGCUAGGAAAAACUUUUUUUUUCUACCAGGGUAAUUCCAACAGUUUGGCCACUAUCGAUCUGAAUGCCGGAUAUAUAGGAUCUAAUAGUUUCAAACUAUAUCGAGUUGGUUUCUUCGUGACUAUACAAUCUUAUAGUGGCCCUCUGUUAAGCAAUUUAAUACUGAUUCAUAAUUUACGCCAUGCCAAACAAAUACACAGGCUAAACUUAACAACGUUAAGACAAUAUGUUAUGGCUUUAAUGGCUGUCCUCACCUUACUUCCUAUAAGCUGUUUCAUUGCUGUGGUUAUGGUUUUGAGGGAUCAUUUAUUUGUGUGGACUGUAUUUUCACCAAAAAUGAUCUAUGAAUAUUGCAACUUAUUAUUAACUUUAAUUCAGAUACUUUUUGUCAUUUUAUUUUAUCGAAAAACUGUACCAUAAAUUAGUAUAGGCUAUAAUAAAACUGUUAUUUCCCAACUCGUAA